GGACUGCAGUGAUGGACGGCUUCUCUCUGAACUCUAAAAAGAGACUGACAUGAUCCUCAAACUGUGAAUUUGAAAGUGAGAACAAACUACUGUACAAACUUUAUAAACAACUACAGCAAACUAGAGACUAUAGUGGCAACAGGACUACAGUAAUUUCCCGCAUAUAAGCCACAGGACAAUGUUUUAAAGUUAAAAGAAACAAAACCAUAUUAACACCAUAUUAACUGCCCCCCUGAAUUAACCUCAUAUCAGAAGAAAUUUAGCAAAAUCAAUGUAUAAGCUGCGGCUUAUAGUCUGGAAUUUACGAGUAUGUCAUCUAAACCUUUCUCAGAAGAGGAUUUCUCCUGUCCUGUGUGCUGUGACAUCUUCAAGGAUCCUGUACUGCUGUCAUGUAGUCACAGCUUCUGUAAAGUCUGUCUGCAGAAGUUCUGGGAAACUAAGGUGUCUAGAGAAUGUCCAGUCUGCAGGAGGAGGUCAUCAAGGGAACGUCCACCAUAUAAUCUCCAUUUAAAGAACCUGUGUGAGGCUUUCUCACAGGACAAAAGUCAGAGAGCUUCAGCAGGGUCUGAGGUGCUCUGCAGUCUGCACAGUGAGAAACUCAAGCUCUUCUGUCUGGAGGAUAAACAGCCUGUGUGUCUGGUUUGUCAAGACUCCAAAACACACAGACACCACACCUUCAGUCCCGUCAGUGAGGCUGCAGCAGAUAGGAAGGAGGAGCUCAAGAUCAAACUGGAGCCCCUAACAAAGAAACUGAAGAGCUUUGAAGAAGUUAAACUCCUCUGUGAUCAAACAGCAGCACACAUUAAGACUCAGACCCAGCACACAGAGAAGCAGAUGAAGAUGGAGUUUGAGAAGCUUCACCAGUUUCUACGAGAUGAAGAGGCAGCCAGGAUAGCUGCACUGAGGGAGGAAGAGGAGCAGAAGAGUCAGAUGAUGAAGGAGAGGAUUAAGAAGAUGAGCAGAGAGAUCUCAACUCUUUCAGCCACAAUCAGAGCCAUAGAAGAGCAGAUGAGAGCUGAUGAUGUGACUUUUCUGCAGAACUACAAGAGCACAGUGGAAAGAGUCCAGCGCACACUGCAGGAUCCAGAGAGGGUUUCAGGAGCUCUGAUCAAUGUGGCAAAGCACCUGGGCAACCUGAAGUUCAGAGUCUGGGAGAAGAUGCAGGAGACUGUUCACUACACUCCUGUGACUCUGGAUCAGAACACUGCAAGCCGAAGUCUCAUCCUGUCUGAGGAUCUGACCAGUGUGAGACGUGGUGAUAAAAGACAGCUGCUUCCUGAUAACCCAGAGAGAUUUGAUGAGUAUUCCAGUGUCCUGGGCUCUGAGGGCUUUAACUCAGGGACUCACUGCUGGGAUGUGGAGGUUGGCGACAACACACGGUGGAGUGUGGGUGUGAUAACAGAGUCUCUCCAGAGGAAGGGAAACUAUUUCUCCAUGAGUGGACAGUGGAGUGUGGGGUAUAAUGGUGCAUAUGCAGCACUUGCUCCUCCUCAUGCCUCCACUGUCCUCACAGUGCAGCAGAAACUCCAGAGGAUCAGAGUGCAGCUGGACUGGGACAGAGGAGAGCUGUCAUUCUCUGACCCUGAAAACAACACACUCCUACACACUCUCACACACACUUUCACCGAGAAAGUGUUUCCAUACAUUAACAGUGGAGAAUUUCCAAUGACAAUCUUACCAGCGAAUGUCUCAGUUAGAGUAGAGCAGCCCAGUUAGAGCUGAUAGUGUCUCUGUGUGGACCAGAACUGAUCAACAUGAGGAGAUGAAUCAGUUAGAGGAGACUGAGAGAAAACACCACUGUGGACCGAAUGAAAUCACCAGCAUCACACACACCCUCUUCUCCCAUGGGAUCAUUUGACAUUCAUUGUACACUCCACCUUUUAAAUGUUGUGCAAGGGAUAAAGGUUUGUGAUGUAAAAUUAAUUAGGUAUAUUUCACUUAUGCAUCCAUGAGAAUCUGCUUCAGAGGAAUGUAGGAAACAUGUACAGUGUGUUGAUGAUGACCCUGCUCAUAGGCUUCAAUGUAAACGCAUCAAUAAAAAUAAAUCAAUGGGAUUCUACACACAUGAUGCGUGCAGCAAGGACACAACAUGCACAUCAGUGAGCACUGGUGAUGGGGGCAUAUGUAUCACGGGGUAAAGACACAACAUGCACAUCAGUGAGCACUGGUG